UGCUUCAGGCCCAGUGGUGUUUCGUGAUUCGUGGACGGAGCUUGCUAUUAUGUCGGAGACCGCGCCUGUUGCCGCUCCUGCUGUGUCUGCGGCCGGCGCAAAGGCCGCUAAGAAGCCGAAGAAGGCGGCGAGCGCUGCCAAAACCCGCAAGCCCGCGGGUCCCAGCGUCACCGAGCUGAUCAUCAAGGCUGUGUCUGCUUCUAAGGAGCGCAAGGGGCUCUCCCUCGCUGCUCUCAAGAAAGCGCUGGCCGCUGGUGGCUAUGAUGUGGAAAAGAACAACAGCCGCAUCAAGCUAGGACUUAAAAGUCUUGUCAAUAAGGGUACUCUGGUACAGACCAAGGGUACUGGUGCUUCCGGGUCUUUCAAGUUGAACAAGAAACCGGGUGAGACAAAAGAGAAGGCAACUAAGAAAAAGCCGGCAGCCAAGCCCAAGAAACCAGCAGCAAAGAAGCCUGCUAGCACUGCCAAGAAACCCAAGAAAGCUGCAGCAGUGAAGAAAAGCCCAAAGAAAGCCAAGAAGCCAGCAGCUGCUGCAACCAAGAAAGCAACCAAGAGCCCGAAGAAAGCAGCCAAGGCAGGCCGCCCUAAGAAGGCAGCAAAGAGCCCUGCCAAGGCAAAAGCAGUGAAGGCCAAAGCAGCCAAGCCUAAAGCAGCCAAGGCAAAGAAGGCGGCACCCAAAAAGAAGUAAAGCCGAGAACGUUUUUAGAGUCUACUUUAAAAAAACCCAAAGGCUCUUUUAAGAGCCACCCACUUACUC